AGUUGUUCGUUGUGAGAUUUUACUUUUUCAAACGCUCGCCAGUAGAUAUCACUUACUCUGCCUGAAGACAGAGAGAGAAGAGCACACUGUGACUUCGUUUGAACUGCACCAUUAUAAAUCAAUUGGCCUACAGUUACUUCGCGUUUCCAUUAGAUACGAGUUUUCUGUAUAGUGGUGUAUAUAUUGAAUGGAAAGCACUUCACAGAUUUGGCUGAACUUCGGAUCUCCUGUUCUCAUCUACUGACGGUUGGUCCCUCUGUUCUCAGUGGAAAGCUCGCUGCGGACUCGCGCCUGGCUUAGGGACCGCGUGAGAAUUGGUGAAACGCUCGAGAGAGAGACUUGCACCCGGUCAGGCUGAGUGAACAGGGGAGUUGUCCCGGGUCUCCCGCGCGCAUGGAGGGAGACGUAAUGGACAAGCUUGAUAGCAUGGCUGCGGUGUGUGACUUCGAUCCCAUUGCGGGAAAGAUCCCGGCAACCAAAGUGGAGAUCACAGUGUCAUGCAGGGAUCUAUUAGACAGAGACACAUUCUCCAAAUCUGAUCCAUUGGUGGUGUUGUACACUCAGGGGGUGGAAACCAAACAGUGGCGAGAGUUUGGGAGGACGGAGGUGAUUGACAAUACUCUGGAUCCAGACUUUGUCAGGAAGUACAUCUUGGACUACUUCUUUGAAGAGAAGCAGAAUCUACGCUUUGACGUAUAUGACAUUGAUUCCAAAAGUCCAGAUCUGGCAAAGCAUGACUUCUUGGGGCAGGUGUUCUGUACCUUGGGAGAGAUUGUAGGAUCACCGAGUCGACUGGAGAAACCUCUGGGUGGUAUCCUUGGGAAGAAAUGUGGCACCAUCAUCCUGUCAGCCGAGGAGUUGGGGAACUGCAGAGAAGUUGCCACCAUGCAGUUCUGUGCCCACAAAUUGGACAAGAAGGACUUCUUUGGGAAGUCAGACCCGUUUAUGGUGUUCUAUAGGAGUAAUGAAGAUGGGACGUGUACUAUUUGCCAUAAGACAGAGGUUGUGAAGAACACUUUGAACCCAGUUUGGCAGGCCAUCUCCAUCCCUGUCAGAGCACUCUGCAAUGGAGACUUUGAUAGGACAAUCAAGGCAGAGGUGUACGACUGGGACAGAGAUGGAAGCCAUGACUUCAUCGGUGAAUUCACCACCAGCUACCGAGACCUGUCCCGGGGCCAGAGCCAGUUCAAUGUUUACGAGGUGGUGAACGCCAAGAAGAAGUUCAAGAAGAAGAGAUACAUCAACUCUGGAACGGUGACUUUGCUGUCUUUCACGGUGGAGUCAGAACACACCUUCCUGGACUACAUCAAAGGAGGAACCCAGAUUCACUUCACGGUGGCCAUUGAUUUCACUGCAUCCAAUGGUAACCCGUCCCAGUCCACCUCUCUACACUACAUGAACCCGUACCAGAUGAAUGCAUACGCCAUGGCCCUGAAGGCUGUAGGAGAGAUCAUUCAGGACUAUGACAGUGAUAAGAUGUUCCCUGCUCUGGGGUUCGGAGCCAAGCUGCCCCCUGAUGGACAAGUCUCCCAUGAGUUCCCCUUGAAUGGCAACAUAGAGAACCCCUACUGCAACGGAAUGGAGGGGAUUCUAGAAGCAUACCAUCAGAGUCUAAAGACUGUACAACUCUACGGACCAACCAACUUCGCUCCGGUCGUCAACCACGUGGCAAAGUACGCAGCGGCCGUACAAGACGGUUCUCAGUACUUUGUCCUGCUCAUCAUCACAGACGGAGUCAUAUCAGACAUGGCCCAGACCAAGGAGGCCAUUGUCAACGCUGCUAAGCUUCCCAUGUCUAUCAUCAUUGUUGGAGUCGGCCAAGCUGAGUUUGAUGCCAUGGUGGAGCUUGACGGUGAUGACAUCAGAAUCUCCUCGCGAGGGAAGCUGGCAGAGAGAGACAUUGUACAGUUUGUUCCGUUCAGAGACUACAUGGACCGGACAGGAAACCACGUGUUGAGUAUGGCCCGGCUAGCCAAGGAUGUUCUGGCUGAGAUUCCUGAACAGCUCAUCCUCUACAUGAAGAGUAGAGGCAUCAAACCCUGCCUCCUGCCUCCACUCAAUGAGGAACCAGGCCCUGAAGACCAGGACCACGCCCAGACCACCCCUGUCUGAGCCCCAGACCUACCCCCAUCUGAGGCGCCUACCGUGGGGAAGGAGGUCGCGGUAGGAUGGGUGAUAGACUGGAUGGUGGACCCCCCUCAGGGAGGGAUGCAAAACGUAAAUGUGAAAAUGCUUUCUAGGCACUUUUUUUUCUCAUGCUGAAGAAAUUGACAAGACUCCAUUUUGUUUGGAGUCGAGACUGUUUUGAGGGAAAAAGCUGAAGAUCAGGGAGUUUUCCUUUUGAGUUUCAUCUCCUGACGGGAGGGCAACGAGGGGGAUGAGAAUUGGAGAGUCACAGACGGAGGAGUAGAGAGGAGAAAAACAGAGCAGUGACAUAAACUAAUGUUAGACGUUGGCAGUCAGAGCUGUCAAAGUGGCGACGUAACAGGUAGCAUGUUUUAGACGGAGAGGGUGUUUUUGAGGACAUUAAUUAUUAGAGCGUGCCAGUUUGCAUCACAUUUGUGUAUAUUGAUACAUUUUAGAGUGGUGGUGUAUGUUGGACUAAGGAAUCACCUGUAUAAUGUCGUAUCUAUUGUAAAGAAACUACAGCAUCUAUUCAUGUUGAGGAUAAUAUUUUUUCUUCAUAUUUUCCCAUCAUGCUUUUUUGGGGAGAGGAGGGGGAUCAAUGCUAUAAAUUAUUGUUAAUUUAUACUUUGAAGAGUACUGUAAUAUAAAGCAUGUGGUAGAUAGAAACUAUCCAACUGUUUAGGAAUAGUUGUAAAAGAUCAAGAUGAAUGCUUUUACAUUUUGGAUUGUGACAGUUACACAGAUGAUCAGAUGUUUGUAUGAUCAUUUAACUUCAUGCACCCUGUACAAGACAUACUUACCCUAUAUAUUUACAAUAGGUAUCAACAAAAUGCACUAACAGUCCAAAUAAAAAGCACAAAGGUCAUAUACAAUACAUAUAUUGAUCAAGUGAAAUAUAUACCACAAUUUUAAUAUACUAGCGACCAACAGCUACCCCUCAAAGACAAUGGAAAGAAUUGCACAGCAACAAAAUGAAAUGUCUUCCAGUUCUAGAACCUUGCCAUGAAUGAGAAUUAAUCUAGAAUCUAGUUACUUCACAUUCUGCGUUAUUAUUGUUUACACAUCUGCUCGUGCACGACCAGAGCCACAUCUUCAAAGGCAUAGUAUUUCCAUAGUAUUAGUAUGUAGCGAUGUAUGUCGUCUAGCUAGCUGCAUUCACACAGAUAUUGGUUGGUAUAAUCCUUCUCGUAUGAUGUUGUUGAUUCGGUUUGAUUAUUUCUUUAACCCCUGCACACCGUGCCAUGGAAAUUCUUAGUGGAUAUAGAGCACAGAGAAGGCAACAGAUGUUGAUGAAACAACUUUUGAGAAGUGUGAUGUCAACUACAUUCAUUAAUUUAUUGGAAUAGAUCCCCCCCCCCAACCCCCCGAGAAAAUCAAACAAUGAGAGAAAUACUUUCAGCCCAGCAUAAUAUAAUCAAAUAAAAUCAAAUUUGUCACGUGCUCCGAAUACAACAGGUGUACAACACUGAACACUGAAUACAACACUAAAAUGCUUACUUAUAAGCCUUUAACCAACAAUGCAGUUUUAAGAAAAAUAAGAGAGUAUUUAAUCAAAUAAACUGAAGUCAAAAAAAAUAUAUAUCGGAUAAGUACUGUCGCCUAUGCCAUUUUAUACUUUAUCUUUUGCAGAUUGUAUAUUCAUUGUGUUUCUAUCAUGCUGACCACACCACUCACAUUACGUGCGCGAGCAUUGCAAAAUAAAUGUAUGCACACAUGGUGUUCAAGCCUGGCAUCCAAAAUACUCAAACCCGUCAAUGAGCUUCUGCAUAGCCAGGCUUUAAAAAUAGAACUUGGUUCUAUUUGUGAUGUUUGAUGCGCUGCAAGUCCCGCCUCUCCCAUCUCCUCAUUGGUUGUUAGGAGCAAAUACCCAUGUGGGUGAUUAAAAGAAAA